GUAGGCUGUGUUCCUGGGGGGCAGUAAGCACCUUUAACUUUGGUCUACAAUAGUCACGAAGAAGAAAGUGUCUGACGUUAUCACUUCCGCAACAACGAACUGACAGUGCAACAACAACAUGGAUGUAGUGGCUGAAGUUAGCCAGGAAACUGGCUUUGCCGGCGAAAGCGGCGCAGACAAGAUACAAGAGCGACUACAGAAGAGGCACCAGGCGAGGGUGGAGGAUGCUGAGCGGAGGAAGGAAGCGAAAGAGAGCCAGUCUGUCGCGGAGGAAAAGGGCGAGUACUUCUACACCACUUUCAACAAAGAGCGGGCGUCCAUCGAGGAGCUGCUGUCCAGUUGCUCCGGAGCUGACCGGGCUGCGGUGACUCAAACACUGGAGGAGGCGACGGCCAAAACGGUCCAGCUGCAGAAGUUUCUUAAUGACAGCAUGUUGUUUCUGAAGCAGUACGACCUGAGACAAGCCCAGGCCGCUCUCCAGAAACUCCAAACCUCCCUCACUGAGAUCAGAGAGGAGGCUCUGCCCAAGAAGAAGUUUGGCUUUCGAGCUCGCACUAAAGCAACAGAUCAAGUCUCUGCACCAGUGUCAGCCACACCUUUACCUGAUGUCGGCACACCUGCAGAUUCUGGUAGCACUAAGGUGGAUGGAGCUGCAGCGCCUGAGCAGUGCAGCUUCUCCAACAUGGACAAUGUGAGUCUGACAAAGACAGCUGAGGAGAUACAGAAACGAGACGUGCUGUUGACUCACCUGACUAACUGCAAGGUCCGUCUGUUUGGUGCCCCCAGCACGCUGCACCUGAAACACAUCAACAGCUGUGAGAUCCUGUGUGGGCCUGUGUCUAGUUCAGUAUUCAUCGAUCACUGUACAAACAGCACUCUGGCUGUCCCCUGUCAGCAGCUGCGGACUCACAACACCACGGACACACGGGUGUAUCUGCACGUCACCAGCCGAGCCAUCAUAGAGGACUGUCGUGGAGUGAGCUUCGCCCCGUUCUCCUGGUCUUAUCCCACCCUAGAGGAGGACUUUACUGUGGCUGGCUUAGACCAGGACAGAAACAACUGGAACCAGGUGGAUGACUUCAACUGGCUCGCUGCAGGAACACCUUCCCCUAACUGGACUGUCAUUCCAGAAGUAGACCGGAAAACCAACUGGGACCCCUAGAAUUAAACAUUCAAAACCUUUUUAUCUGCCAAAGUAACAUGUCAGUCAAACCAUCAAAUGAAAUGUUUUCAACCCAAAUACACAAAUAUUAUUUUGUCUGUUAUUCCACAAAGAUCAGUGGUUUUAGUGAAGUUUUUUUUUUUUAUUAAGCCAGUGACUGUGGGUUUAUUAUUUUUUUGCUGUUGUUGGUAGGUGUCAUCCACUGAUUGCAUUGCACUGCUACAUAGAGCUGGAGAAAAGGGUAGUAUGGAUGCCAACCUUAAAACUGCACUGAGAUAAAAAA